AUGGUAACUAAUGUCUACGUGAUUGAUCGUGCGGAGACCAGCGUGACUCUGGAGUGGAAAUCGGCGGACCCAAACUGGGGCUACCUGCUUUACGUCGAUGGGAAAAACAUCUCAGUGCCACCAAAGGGAUCACAAAUUGUGUCCCUUUCUUUGAAACUCCAAUCAGGAAUGGAGUAUCCAUUCACUAUGACCACAUUGUUCUCUGGGCUGGCCAGUACUGCAUAUAACGGCUUCUUUGUAACAGCCAUUGACUGUACUGCCGUGACCUGGCAUGUGACUACAUCGUCAAUCCAAGGAAUAGUCAAGGGAUUAUUCACAAAUGCUUCAGCCUCUAAUGGAUCUUCGCCUCAUUUGAGUCCAGAAGGUCAAAAUGUGUCAUUUUCCAGCCUUUAUCCGGGCGCAACCUACAACGUGUCACUCGAGUACCAAAAGGAUUCUGCCCACUUUGUGCAAUGUCAUCUCCAACUGACAACUAUUCCACCAGAUUUAACUGCUCACUGUAAGUACUGGGAAUUUGGCUACUCCGUUCUUAUCGUCUGGGAUAAGCCAGAUGGUUUGUGGACUUCUGUGGAGGUGAAUGUGAGCGAACAAAUGCACACAGUGGAAGAUAUGGAACAGCAGCAUAUAGAAAUAGGUGGAUUUCAGCCAGCGAGAAUAGAAAUUUCUCUUGCAGAUUUUCCUGCCCAUUUCAACAAAUUAAGGAUGGAUAAGAACAGAGGUUUCAGCGACGAAUAUGAGAGCCUCGCUCUCAUCGGCAUCGAACACACUCAGAAUGUUGCUCUCAUGGUGGAAAACGUAGAGAAGAAUCGCUUCACCAACGUGCUGCCAUAUGACUGGAGCAGAGUCAAGCUACGUGGAAAUUUGGACUACAUUAAUGCCUCUUACAUGGCAGGUUACAACAGUCCCCGAGAGUACAUCGCCACUCAGGGUCCUCUGCCUUCGACGGUCAGUGACUUCUGGAGAAUGAUAUGGGAGCAAAAAGUCAAUGCCAUUGUUAUGGUAACCAACUGUACUGAAGGAAUGCGGACUAAGUGCGAACAUUACUGGCCUGCGCACGAAAAGACGUGUCAGCAUAAACUGCUGACGAUCACCAAUGUAUCAGAACAGCAAGACAGCAGCUGGACAAUAAGGGAAUUCCGAGUAAAACACAAGAAAACCCCAGAUGAGAGGAUAGUAAAACAUUUCCACUUUACUGCGUGGCCCGACCAUGGAGUCCCUCAGUGCACAGAUGUCCUCAUCCAGUUCAGAAGUCUUAUUAGAGAGCACAUGGACGCUAACGGAACCAAAGCCCCAACUGUGGUUCACUGCAGUGCGGGAGUGGGCAGGACGGGCACCAUUAUAGCCUUAGAUAUUCUGCUUCAACAGCUGCACAGAGACAAGCAAGUCAGCAUCAAUGCCCUCGUGCACAACAUGCGACUGCGGCGGCCACAUAUGGUGCAAACUGAGUCCCAGUAUGUUUUUCUGCACCAGUGCAUCAUGGACUAUCUGCAGUCUCGAGGGCAGACUGAUGAGAGUUUAAAUCAGAAUACAGAUUUCAUUUAUGAAAAUGCUACGGCACUGCAAGAGUUUAACAAAAUGGCGGUCUGA